AUGUAUUCUAAUAGCACAGACUAUAAAUUGGCACGAAGAUUACAAUCUAUGUCCGAUCAUGAGAUAUCUGAUUUACAGCGGCCGGAUAAAUUGGAAAUGAUCAGAGAAAAGGUGAAAAGGAAAAUGCAUGAGGCCUAUGAAAGAAGUUCUGAGAGGUAUAAUAAACGAGCACGCGUUGUUAGAUUCCUACCCGGUCAAGAAGUAUAUCGCCGUAAUACUGUAUUGUCUGAUUUUGCCAAAGAUCGUAAUGCCAAGUUUUGUAAGAAGUUUUUGAAGUGUCGAAUCGUUAGACCUGUCGGCAAUAACAUGUAUGAACUUGAAACAUUGCAUGGCAAGGCUUUAGGUACGUAUCAUGUUAAAGAUAUUCAAAUAUAG